UUUUCCCACCUCUUCCCUCUCUCCCACCCUGGCUGCAGGCCUGAGUGGUUCCCCAGCCAGGAGGCCAGGCUGACUUGUGCUGGGCCUGGCUCCUCCUCAGCUGCUCAGAGGGAAGGCCUUGUUGGAGCCCCUGGUCAGGGGAAGGACAGCUGCAAGGAGCCAAGGUGGUGGAAUUCCUGGGCGGCUCCCCUUUCCCCUCGAGCUGAUGCAAUCUCUGGGUUCUGUCAGGCUUGGAAGCUGCAAUCUGGUGGACCGAGUCGCUCCCGGCCUCUGCUCCUGGGCCAAGGAGACCGCUGCCUGUGUCUGCCUGCUCGGAGCGCCCCGAGCCCGAGCCGCCGCCAUGGCGGCCACCCUCCUCAUGGCUGGCUCCCAGGGGCCUAUGACAUUUGAAGAUAUGGCUAUGUAUCUCACUCGGGAAGAAUGGAGGCCUCUGGACCCAACACAAAGGGACCUUUACCGGGAUGUUAUGCAGGAGAAUUAUGGAAAUGUAGUUUCCUUAGAUUUUGAUAUCAGAAGUGAGAAUGAAGCGAAUCCAAAGGGGAUAUCUGAAGAUAUAGAAUUUGGGGACAUAUCAGGAAGGCCAAUUGAGAGUGUUCAUCAGAAUCCUGAAUGCGAAGAAGGCUUUGAAAGUGGGGACAAGUCAGAAGGACAGUGGGGAGAUUUAACUGGAGAUGAAUGGGUAAAUUAUCCUCUUCAACAAGUUACAGAUCUCCUGGUCCACAAGGAAGUCCAUGGAGAUAUAAGAUUCCAUAUAUGCUCUCAGUGUGGAAAGGCUUUCAAUCAAAUCUCAGACCUGAAUCGACAUCAGAGAACUCAUACUGGAGAAAGACCCUAUAAAUGUUAUGAUUGUGGAAAGAGCUUUAGCCGAAGCUCCCAUCUCAUUCAGCAUCAGAGAACCCACACUGGGGAGAAACCUUACGAUUGCAGUGAAUGUGGGAAAAGCUUUGGUCGAAGCUCACACCUCAUUCAACAUCAGACAAUUCAUACUGGAGAGAAACCCCACAAAUGUAAUGAAUGUGGCAAAAGUUUCUGUCGGGUCUCACACCUUAUUCAGCACCAGAGGACCCACAGUGGAGAGAAGCCUUAUGAGUGUGAGGAAUGUGGGAAAAGCUUCAGCCGAAGCUCUCACCUGGCUCAACACCAGAGGACACAUACUGGUGAGAAACCCUAUGAAUGUAAUGAAUGUGGGAGAAGCUUCAGUGAAAGAUCAGAUCUUAUCAAGCACUACAGAGUCCACACAGGAGAAAGACCCUACAAAUGUGAUGAGUGUGGAAAAAACUUUAGUCAGAAUUCAGAUCUCAUUCGCCAUCGCAGAGCCCAUACAGGAGAGAAACCAUAUAGAUGUAAUGAAUGUGGGGAAAAUUUCAGCCGGAUCUCACACUUGGUUCAACAUCAGAGAACCCACACUGGUGAAAAGCCCUAUGAAUGCAAUGAGUGUGGUAAAAGCUUUAGCCGGAGUUCUCAUCUCAUUACGCAUCAGAAAAUUCACACUGGAGAGAAGCCUUAUGAAUGUAAUGAAUGUUGGAGAAGCUUUGGUGAGAGAUCAGAUCUUAUUAAACACCAGAGAACACAUACUGGAGAAAAGCCCUAUGAAUGUGUGGAAUGUGGAAAAGGUUUUACCCAGAGUUCAAACCUUAUCACACAUCAGCGAGUUCAUACUGGAGAGAAACCAUAUGAAUGCACCGAAUGUGACAAAAGUUUCAGUCGGAGUUCAGCUCUUAUUAAACAUAAGAGAGUUCAUACAGACUGAGUCCCUUACUUGAGAUUACAUGGGAUUGAAUUUGGCAAAGAACAAAAAAUUUGAAAGUAGUGAGCUCCCUUUGAGUCAAGCUCCUUUCACUAUAUUGAAUUUUCUAGUUGUGAGUCAUAGUUUAAAUUUCUAAGAAGAUGAAGUCAUUUGGAGUUCUGAUCUAAGGCUUUGGAAUCUUGAUUUCUUCUUCCUUAGAAAUAACCAAUCAUAAUCCUUUUAAAUUCAACAUUAAUGAAUUGCUCAGUUAAAAGUACAAACCAAGUGACUGAAGAUCUGCAAUCCCAGGAAGAAACACUAGCCACCAUGACUAUUGGGACCAGGGACUGCAAUGACAAUGUUUCAGCAGCUCUUUGUCUCACUCCCCUGGCUCACAUUUAUACCCCAAGGAAAGCAGGGGAUUGUAAUAGGUGUUGAAUUGCCUUAGAAGAAGGCGAUCAGGAACUCUUCCCUGAAUAACCAUGCCUAUUCAAGCUUUGUUAAUUCAACAUACUCAUCCUCUCCUAUCAAGGGCUUUGUUCUUGAGUUGCCCAUAUAGCCAUACAUAAGGAGUUUUUCUUCUGCUUUCCUGAGAGCAGGACUCUGCGCAAUGGAUGCAAUCAUUGCAGCAUUUGUCCUUCCUGUUUUCAUUUCUAUUUAUUCAUUGUAAUAUUUUAAUUUUUGUUAAAACACUUUUAAGGAAAAAAAGAUCAAAAGGGAAAGUGAGCAAUGGAGUUUGGGAAAGAUGAUCUCUUUCCUGCUCCCAUUAAGUGACUCUGCCAAAAUUUGCUCUGUGUUGUUAUCAUCAUUAAUCACAAUUUGCUAAUUAUCUUUUGGGAUGACUAUAGGGUAUAGUUAUGGGGGGCAUCAUCUUCAAGGAAGACAGGGCAGUGGAAUCUAACCACAGUCGCCGGUGAAAAUGGACCCUUGAGGAAAAAGGAAGGAAGGUGUCUGCCUUCUCCUGUCAAGUACUGGUGUUUUGUGCUUUAUCUCCUCCACCCUUUCAGAUUCCUGACUGUUGAUUGAUCUAAGAAGUAAGGAGUCUGGAUUCCCAAUGUCCUCAGUACUAACUAGACCUUGAGAGGAAUGGUUUCCAGUACUUCUUACAUAAGGCCUUAUAGGCAUACCAUCAACCAUCUAUGUGGGUAUGGUUCUACAAGAUAAUUGAGACUGUCAGGAUCACACAGUGUCAGCAUGGUUUGAAACCAACAUGCUUUCAUGUGAUGGAUGUCUGAAUUUAACCCACAGGGGUGAGAAAUUUUAUGAAUUUUUUUUUUUUUAAACACUGGUGCCCUAGGACUCACUCUCAUGGAAGAGGCUAGCAUAUACUUGUUUGUGUAGCUAGAUUGUUGGGGGGAUGACUACCUGAACAGAUUGAUACAGUACUGUAAUUGAAAACAGGACAGGAAGCUGGACACAUCGUUCUGGUAGAGAAGAACAGGUAAAUCAAGGCAGGCCUUUUUUAUCUGUUACUGUCUUAAAUGAAAAGCAAAUACACAUGGAUAGAAGAAUUCUACAACAGGUGGUGUGAGUUCCCCUCUCUCUCAGGGUGAGAUUUUAGAGCCAUUCCUAAAUCUCAGGCAUGGCACUGGGGGAGAGGUAGGAACUGCAAAAAGGAAAGAUUUGGAUUCUUUUUCAGGAAUCCCCCUGACUUUUUAUUUUAUGUUGUUCUGUGUUGUGACCGUUGUACUGUUUUUAAAACUUCUUUCUGUUCUAUUUGGAGUAUUCUAGGGGCAAAUAGGCCCUUUGGAAAUGAAAUGCUCAACUGAAUCAUUGUAAUGUUGAGCUUUAAGGGCCUGGGGAUUCUGUUGCUUUCUAUGAAACUUAACCUCCAGACCAAACCACAAGAUCUACAGCCACAUAUAUGACAUGUUUCUUUAGCCUAGCUUCAUUAAGCAUAAGUUCCUAAAAGGUCAGGAAUCCCAUUUUAUGGGUUGGUUUUGUUGUUUUGUUUUAUUUUGUUUUGUUUUGUUUUCAAGAAACACCUAGGUUAUUUGGGGUGCCACUCAAGUAUUUUAAUUACUCUGGGAGAUCUCUGUUCUGACACUAAAGCUAAUACAUUUUGUCCCAUAUCAGUGUUCCUGAUAAUUGUAAUGAAAAUCAAGAGUUCUACCCCUCACCCUCGAUCAUUUUGGGGGUGGCCAGAAUUUUCACUUCUACAUCUUUCCCUCCUCCUCCUACUGCUGCUGCUGGCUUCUUGCUGGAGGUGAGGGGCUUGGAAGGCUCCAGUUAUUUCCCAUAGUUUGUGCAUGCCUGCUGGUGAGGUUUUGGUUUGGGGGAAAGGGGUAGGGCAAAGGAAUAAGAGGACAGGCCACUCAAACUCUGUCUCCUACCACACCUCCCUCUGCCAGGUGCUGCUCCCACCAUUGUCGUCAUCUGCUUUCUUGAGUAGAAGUUUUGCAUUAAAUUUCUUCUGUGGUGACUUCUGCAUGCCCUGUGCCCCCCAAGCUCCUGACUGCCUCUGCCCACACUCUGAACACUUUGUGCCUGUUUUCUCUAGUUGUGGAGAAUAAGUGAGCCAGUAAGUAGGGCAGUUUUUGCUUUUAAGGUAUUGGUAAAAAGUUAUCUUAGUGUUUAUCUACAUUUGUAUUAUUCUAACAAUACUCUAUAAUGGAAAAUAUACUUUUUAAAUGCAGAAGAUGUUGAAAAUCAUUUUAGUAACUCAGCCCUGGUUAAUAUUAUCUGCUUCAAAUACAUUAAAGCUCAGCAUGAACACAUCCUAGGAACUUCAAAGAUUAGAGCUGGAAGAACCUUAGAAGCUGUAAUCCAAACCCUUUAUUCUACAUAUGAGGAAACAGGACUAAGAAGGUGAAAUGAUUUGUCCAAAUUCACAUAGCCAGUAAGUAGCCAAGUCCAGGAUUUGGAUUAAGGAUCUUUGAUCCUGCUCUUAAUAAUACACUAAGUGGUUGGCUGUUCUACAGAGGUGCAAUAGGACACCAAUUUUGUGGAGAUUUCCAGAGGAUACUAUCUUUGGAUGAAUUACUUUUUAAACUUUGAAAACUUGCCUUUUCUCAGGCAGCUUGCAAAACCUGGUAAGAUUUUUUGAAGACUGUGCUAGUGGCAAAAUCAACUGGAAGAGUUGGGUAUAGGAGAUUCACCAUUUUGGGGGUGGGGGGGUGGGAGGAAUGAUCAAAUUUGCAAAAGAAAGGUAUUCCUGUUUCAGGAAGAUGCCUUGGAAUACCAGCCUCCAGCACUAAAACCCAGGAUGUAUGCAAGUAGGACCCUUGAGCACUAAGACUGAGAUGGUUCAUGCAAGUGGGAAGGGCACUGUGCACACCCAGAGAUAUGCAGGCAUAAGGUAAUGCCCAAUCCCAGCUGUGCAGCACCAGGGACUUGACAUUUUCAAAGUAUUUUUAAAAAUUAAAAUUGUCAUAUGAAAC